AUGAGCCAGCUCAGACAAACUUUCACAGUGCACCACUUUGAAAACGAGUACCAAAAGGUCGAAAUCCGCAACCUGAUCUCCCCCUACACUGACGACAGAGACACGCUACUCAUCCUUUCGGUGGUUGGUGGUCCAGAGUCGUACGGCAAGGACAGAUCCAUAGGAGACUUUUUCGAAACCUUGAACACCAUCAAGUUCCCUUCUACCCAGGUAUCGUUGGGAUUGCUCGUGGGCGACACAGCCGAGUUCGAGGCGGUGGUGGCCUACUUUAAGCAGUAUUUUAACCUGUUGUCGUACCAAAAGAUGCACGAGUAUAUCCACAAGGUGACGAUUCUCACCGCUCCGUUCAUUGAAGAAUCAUUUUCUCAGAUCGACCGUGGUGAUAGGCACAACGAUGGUGUACAGCGGUUGCGCCGGCGGACCAUAGCACGGUCCAGGAACUUUGUGUUGAACAACGUUCUUGCAGCCGAAAAAUUCACGUUGUUUGUGGACAGUGACAUUAUCGCGUUCCAGCACCGAGAUAUGGUUAAGCGGUUCAUCAAGGCGGAUCACGAUAUCGUUGUUCCACGAGUGAUCCGAGGCGAUCUCUCCGACUACGACAAGAACUCGUGGGUCGGCGAGCGGACCAAGCCCAACGAAGAACAGUUGGCCAAGAUGGACAACGGUGACUGGGAAAACUGGGACUAUGUUCCCCGGGAUGUUACCGACAAAAUGGUGCAUUUUGAUACAUUUUUGAAUAACAAGAAGGACUUGGACAAAUCGGCACCCGAGAACCUGCUAGACUUCUCGAUGAAGUUGGAUAGUGUGGGAGGAGCCAUUCUUUUUGUCAAGUCGAUAAUCUACAAACAGGGAAUCCAGUUCCCACCUAAUUACAUCGUGGGCACGACAUGGGACCGACUCGAGGGAUACGACGGCAUAGAAACCGAAGGUUUGUGCUACACCGCCAAGUCCUGCAACUAUCUGUGCUGGGGAAUGCCCAACUUGGUUGCUGAGCACUCUGUAGAGUAG